CUUCCCCGACAGCGCGAGUGUGUGAGCAUCCACGUAGGCCAAGCCGGCGUCCAGAUCGGCAACGCCUGCUGGGAACUGUACUGCCUCGAACAUGGCAUCUUCCCCGACGGCCUCAUGCCCUCUGACAAGGAUCGGGGGGGAACCGACUCCUUCAACACCUUCUUCAGCGAGAUGGAGAGCGGCCAGCAUGUCCCCCGCGCUGUCUUCGUCGACCUCGAGCCAACGGUUAUCGACGAGAUCAGAACGGGUAUGUACAGGGGACUCUACAACCCACAGCUCCUGGUCACGGGCAAGGAGGACGCAGCCAAUAAUUUUGCUCGAGGUCACUACACCAUUGGCAAAGAGAUGAUCGGGGUCACACUCGACCAGAUUCGACGCCUGGCGGACCAAGCUAAUAGCCUGCAGGGCUUUCUAGUAUUCCAUUCCUUCGGCGGUGGAACAGGCUCGGGUUUUACAUCCUUGCUUAUGGAACACCUGUCUAUUGAUUAUGGCAAGAAAACCAAACUGGAGUUCGCCAUCUACCCCGCGCCACAGGUAUCAACAGCAAUGGUCGAACCUUACAACUCCAUCCUGACCACACACACCUCCAUGGAACACUGUGACGUGGCCUUCAUGGUGGACAACGAAGCAAUUUACGAACUCUGCAACAAACACUUGGACAUCACGAGGCCCACUUAUCACAACCUCAACCGCCUCAUUAGCCAGAUCGUUUCGUCCAUCACCGCGUCUCUGAGGUUCGAAGGUGCCCUGAACGUCGACCUUACGGAAUUCCAAACCAACCUGGUGCCUUACCCUCGCAUCCACUUCCCUCUGGCCAAUUACACCCCCGUUCACGCUGCUGACAAGACCAGUUACAUGCAGUUAACGACAGCUCAGCUCACCAACGAGUGCUUUUCCCCCGAGAUGCAGAUGGUGAAGUGUAAUCCCAGGAAUGGAAAGUACAUGGCCGUUACUCUGCUGUAUCGAGGUGACGUUGUGCCCAAAGACGUCAAUUCAGCCAUACAAACUAUUAAGAACACCAAGAGCAUUGAGUUUGUUGAUUGGUGUCCAACGGGUUUCAAGGUGGGUCCUGUUGGCAUCACCACUAUUGCCCCUCUACAACAGUGUCCCGUUUUGUAUGUGGGUGAAGGCAUGGAAGAGGGUGAAUUUGCUGAAGCCCGUGAAGACUUGGCAGCUCUUGAAAAGGACUAUGAAGAGAUUGCCGAAGACCCAGACGAGUACGAAGAUGAAGAGGAUUACUGA